ACUUUCAGCAUCUGCAACAACAACAGCAACAGCAGCAGCAACAGCAGCAACAACAACAGUUACAACACAUGAAGUUUCUGGGCGGCAAUGAUGAUCGCAACGGACGCGGCGGCGUCGGCGUUGGCAGCGACGCAAUCGUCGUAGGCGGCACACGCGGCUCCAAUUCGCAGGACGUGGACGCAGCGAGCGCUGCGGCAGCCGCUGCUGCCGUUGGCUUCGUUUUUCAACAGCGCCCCUCGCCCGGUGGAGGCGCUGGCGUCGGCGUCGGACCCGUUGGCUCCACCUUGCAAGACGCCGCAGCCGCCGAAUAUGCGGCGCACUUUGCCCAAAAGCAGCAACAGACGCGAUGGGCAUGCGGCGACGAGCACGGCAUCGAUAAUCCGGAUAAAUGGAAAUACAAUCCACCCAUGAAUCCGGCGAAUGCCGCGCCCGGCGGCAACAACGGCGGCCCAGGAGCCAUAGGCACCAUUGGCAUGGGUGCAGGCAGCGGGCUGGGCGGCAUGGGCGCCGGCAGCGGCACCAACGGCGGGGGAUUGCAUCAUCCAUCGAUGGCGGCCGCAGCGGCCAAUAUGGCUGCCAUGCAACAGGCGGCCGCCGUGGCCAAGCACAAUCACAUGAUGUCGCAGGCGGCCGCCGCAGUUGCAGCCCAACAGCAACAACAACAACAGCAACAACAGCAGCAACAACAACAAAAUGCGCAGGGACCGCCGCAUCAUCUUAUGGGCGGCGGCAAUGGGCUGGGCAAUGGCAAUGGACUAGGCGGUCUGGGUCAGCCGCAUCCCGGCCAGCAGCUACAACAACAACAACAGCAGCAGCAGCAACAGCAGCAGCAACAACAACAACAGCAGCAGCAGCAGCAACAGCAACAACAACAACAACAGGGCCAACAACCCGGCCAGGCACAUCUCGGUCAGCAUCAAUACAAUUCGAAUCUGCUCAGCCAUGUGAUGAACAACCAGGUGGCCGCUGCCGUUGCCGCUGGCGCCACCAUGGGCCAUAUGCCGCCCUACGCCCAGUCGGCUGCUAGCGGCAGCAUGUACGAUCAUCAUGGCGGUAGCGCACUGCAUCCGGGCAUGAAUGGCGGCAUGCCGAAGCCGCCGCCACCGCCGCUGGGUCCGCCCGGUGGUCCACAGGAUUUCGUCUAUAUGGGCGGGCAGCCGCAUGCCGCUGCCGCUGCUGCCGCCGCUGCGGCCAUGGGCGCAGCUCUGAUGCCGCCGCAGAAUCAGUAUAUGAACAACUCGGCGGCAGCAGCCGUCGCCGCCGCCAAUCGGAAUGCAGCGAUUACCACAUCCACUGCCAAGAAGCUGUGGGAGAAGUCGGAUGGUAAAAGUGGCGCCUCCAGUACACCAGGGGGCCCAUUGAAUCCUCUGCAGAUACCCGGUGUUGGCGAUCACUCGUCCGUUUGGAAGGAUCACACAUGGUCCACACAGGCCGAAAAUAUACUGGCACCGCCCAGGCCACGUGGUUAUCCCCAUGGCGGCGCUUCUGAUAACUCGAACAGCGGCAAUGCGGGCAUAUUGAGCCCCCGCGAUUCAACAUGCGUUAAGAUGGUUGAAUUUGUUCUGGGCGGCUCACCCACCAACAAGGAGAGUCCCUUGUCCAGCUUGGAGCCGCGGAUGCGCAAUUUAAAAUUUGACGAUAAUGAUAAGUCACACGAUGAUAAGGAAAAGGCAAACUCUCCGGUUGAUACAAAUGGCUUAAAGAAGGACGACCAAGUCACAAACACAAAUGGAGUCGUCAAUGGCAUCGACGAUGACAAGGGAUUCAAUCGCACUCCCGGCUCCCGUCAGCCAUCGCCCGCUGAAGAGACACUGCCACGCCCACCCACUUUGCUGGAUCCAACACACCAUGGCGGCUUCCCACAAAUGCCGCACUUCAAUCACAUGCUCAUGGAUCAUGGCCAGGGUCAUGGCAUGGGCAACAAUUCGGUGGGCGGCGGAGGCGGUGGAGCUGCCUAUGCACAUCAACAGAUGGCGGCGCAGAUGAGUCAAUUGCAGCCGCCGAUGAUGAAUGGAGUUGGUGCCGGAAUGCCAAUGGCCGCACAGUCACCCAUGUUGAAUCAUCAGGGCGCACAGGUAGGCGGACCCAAUCAUAUGGAAUCUUCAGGCAAUCUCUUGCAGCAGCAGCAGCAACAGCAGCAAAAUUUUGAUGUUCAGCAACUUUUUCGCUCACAGAAUCCGGGUCUAGCUGCUGCGGCCGCUGCGGCCACAUCGGCAGCAAGUGCAGCGGCCGCAGCCGGCGGAGCACCACCUGGCGCACCCAAUGGCUCAAUGCAGGCCUCGCAGCAACAGCAGCAGCAACAGAUGCAAAUGGCGGCUGCGUCGCAACAGUUUUUGGCCGCCCAACAGGCGCAACAGAAUGCGGCAUAUGCAGCACAGCAGGCGGCCCCGUAUGUCAUCAAUCCCGGACAGGAGGCGACGCCGUAUCUGAGCAUGAUUUCUGCCGCUCAAAUGGCCCCAUAUUAUGGCGUUGCCGCACCGUGGGGCAUGUAUCCGAAUCUGAUACCACAGCAGGGCACACAGCCCCGCCGUCCCCUGACGCCCUCGCAGCAGGGCGCCGAGAAUCAGCCGUAUCAGGUCAUACCGGCCUUCUUCGAUCAGAGCGGCUCGCUUGUGAUGGGACCACGCACCGGCACGCCCAUGCGUCUGGUCAGCCCCGCCCCCGUACUGGCGGUGCCACCGGGCGCAGCACGUGCCGGUCCGCCGCCGCCCCAGGGGCCACAACUGUAUCAACCACAGCCACAGACGGCCCAACAGAAUCUCUACUCACAGCAGAACGGUUCCAGUGUCGGAGGCCUGGCAUUGAACACAAACUCGCUGAGCGGUCGUCGCGACUCGUUCGAUCGCAGCACAUCCGCCUUCAGCCCCUCGGCCAUGGACUACACCACAAGCAGCGUCGCCGCCGCCGCCGCUGCGAAUGCGGUCAACAGUAGCGUGGCCCAGGCCGCUGCAGCAGCUGCUGCGGCCGCAGCACGCGCCAAGUGGCCCGGCGCCAUGUCCAAUGCGAGCGCGUAUGGAGCUCUGGGCGCGGCAGCGGUAAAUGCAUCGGCCAGUCCGUUGGGCGCACCGCUGACACCGCCGCCGACGGCUCAGUCGUGCCUGAUGGGCGGCAAUCGGGCGCCCGGCGCCGAGUCGCGCCAGCGCCAGCAGCUGGCGGUGGGUCUGCCGGCAGCUACGGCGGCAGCGGCCGUUGCGGCCGCGGCCAACAAUAUGUUUGGCUCGAACAGUUCGCUAUUCUCGAAUCACCUGGCCCUGCCGGGCAGCACGCCCGCGGCCGUGGCCGCUGCCGUGGCGAAUUCGCGGCAGGCGGCCGCCGCAGCUGCUGUGGCAGCUGCCGCUGCCGGCGCAGCCGGUGCACCACAGCCGGGCAGAUCGCGACUGCUGGAGGAUUUCAGGAAUCAGCGCUAUCCGAACUUGCAGCUGCGCGAUCUAACCAAUCACAUUGUUGAGUUCUCGCAGGAUCAGCACGGCUCGCGGUUCAUCCAACAGAAACUGGAACGGGCCACAGCCGCCGAGAAGCAGAUGGUCUUCAAUGAGAUACUGGGCGCCGCCUACAGCCUGAUGACGGACGUCUUUGGCAACUAUGUCAUACAGAAGUUCUUUGAGUUCGGUACUCCGGAGCAAAAGAACACGCUGGGCAUGCAGGUCAAGGGUCAUGUGCUGCAGCUGGCGCUCCAGAUGUACGGCUGUCGCGUGAUCCAGAAAGCGCUCGAGAGCAUCUCGCCCGAGCAGCAACAGGAGAUCGUUCACGAGCUGGAUGGACAUGUUUUGAAGUGUGUUAAGGACCAGAAUGGCAACCAUGUCGUACAGAAAUGCAUCGAAUGCGUCGACCCCGUUGCCCUGCAGUUUGUCAUCAAUGCGUUCAAGGGUCAGGUCUAUUCACUGAGCACACAUCCCUAUGGCUGCCGGGUCAUUCAACGCAUCCUCGAGCACUGCACCGCCGAGCAGACCCAGCCCAUUUUGGAUGAACUGCACGAGCAUACCGAGAACUUAAUCCAAGACCAAUAUGGCAACUACGUCAUACAACAUGUUCUAGAGCACGGCAAACAGGAGGACAAAUCGAUACUGAUUAACAGUGUGCGCGGCAAGGUGCUCGUGUUAUCGCAGCACAAGUUCGCCUCGAAUGUGGUGGAGAAGUGUGUGACACAUGCAACGCGCGGAGAGCGCACUGGCCUCAUCGAUGAGGUGUGCACGUUCAAUGACAAUGCCUUGCACGUCAUGAUGAAGGACCAGUAUGCCAACUAUGUGGUGCAGAAGAUGAUUGACGUCUCGGAGCCGACGCAGCUGAAGAAGCUGAUGACCAAGAUACGACCCCACAUGGCCGCAUUGCGCAAAUACACCUAUGGCAAGCACAUCAACGCCAAGCUGGAGAAAUACUACAUGAAGAUAACCAAUCCCAUAGCAGCUGCCACGGCCAGCGCUGCCAGCACAGCAGCCACAAGCACAGCAAGCAGCGGCGCUGCAGCCGGAACCGGAGCAAGUGGCACGCCCUCCUCCUCCACGUCGAUGGUGGCCACCGCCGGCGCAGCAGUUGUCACAACCAGCACCACGAACAGCGUUGGAUCACCCAGCAUUUGUGCCGUGCAGGAGAAUGGCGGCAUCUCGAUGGCCGAGCCCACAUCGCCAGCCAGCUCUGAGUCGUCCGGCACAGUGGUGGUCGGCGGGCUCGGACCCAUCGGGCCACCCACAACAGCCAAUGGAGUGUUGUAAAGCGGCGAAUUGCGAGGCGCGUUAUCGAAUUUUAGUUUUUAGUAAUUGGAUGAAGGAGAAGGAAUGCGAGGAGAGCAUUAAAAGCAAAGCGAAUGCUUACUAUAAAUACUAUAAAAAAAUAUAUAUACAUAAUAAUAUUAAAUACUAAUAAUAAUACAAAUAAAUCUAAUGUAAUUUAUUUAUAACAAGAUCUAAACUGCAGACACAGAAGAAAACAAAAAUGAUUUAAAUUCAGCCCUAGAACCGGGUCUCGGAGAUCGACUCCAACUUGUGGAGCAAUCGAUAAAUUGUAUAUUCAAUUGUAACAAAAACAGAAUAUGAUCGUUAAACGCUUUUGUAAAGUGCGUAAUACUAACACACACUGACACACACACAAGCAUACACUGAGAGAAACACAAACUCGAUAAGAGCAACAAGUGCGCGAAUAAUUCUGCGCAAUCCACUUUUUUUAUUUGUAAAUGGUGCGUCACAAAAAAUGUGUGAAAAGAAAAGCUAUCGAAAGAAAAAUUCGAGCAAAGAAAAUGGAAAAACAAAAGUAAAUCAUGUCUGCAUACAUAUUUGAUGUAACAACCUUUCAAGAAAAAAAAAAAAUAAGAGAAAAACAAAAUAAUUUGUAAAUGUUUAAGCAAGUCGACUGUAAAUUUGAUUAUUUAAACAAAAGCGCGUGACGUUCCGUUGCGAAACAUAACAGAUUGAAGGAGAAGAUGAUGAAAGUAAGCAUAGAAUUUAACUGCAACCAUUUCAAGCAUAUACAUAUAAAUAUAUAUAUAUAUAAAUAUUAUAAAAUAUAUACAAUACAACAUAAUGAACAACUUAAAUGUAGCAUGUAGGCUAAAGAGCAAACAAAUUCAAUAUGUGUAAAGAACUUCGUUAUAUAAAAGCCAGCAGCACACACACACACACCAACACAUUCACGCACACCCACACACACACAAUUAUGAACUCUUUAGCGUUGCGUUUUGCAACAAUUUCACGUCGCUUUUGCGCUAUGUAAAAUUUUGUACAAAAAAAAAAAAAACAACCAACAAAAAAAAACUAAAAACGAAAACUAAAACCAUGUAAAACAAUGUAAUAAUUAUUAAAUUAAUUUUUUUGUCAAUUUGUUCACUUGUAAAAUUCAAAACUGUUUUGUAAAAUUCUCAUUAAUUUUAAUCAAACAUUUGUUUGUAAAUUGCUUGUAAACAAAAACAAAAUAUUGUUAAAGAAAACACACACACACAUACCCAAAUUCAAAGAAGACACACACUCACAUACAUAUACAUAUAUAUAUAUAUAUACAUAUAAAGAAAACGCAUGCAUUGUAGCAAUUAAAGCAUGCUCUAUACAUAUGUCUAUAUACAUACUAUAUAUAUAUAUAUACAUUCAUAUUUGUAUUUUGUAAAUUAUUUCGUUUUAAGCGCCCCCCCACACACACAUACACACUCACACACAACACAUAUACACGCAUUGUAUUUAUAUAUAUAGAAUUGUAGAAACGCGCUUCUUCGGGCCGUCGAAACGAACUCUUUUUUCUGUUUAGCAACUAAGAUUUAACUGAUUACUGAUUUAUGAUUUCUCUUUUAAGUUUCUUUUAGUUAUAAACGAUUUUUCAAAGAUAUAUAGAUAUAUUUUUUUAACAAGCAACUCACUCUCAACCAGAACCUACAAAUGUAUAACAAAUUAAUUAAUACCAUAAAUGCAAAUAUAUUCGAAAUCCACUUUUAAGUCA